AUGUCUUCUCAGGCUGCUCACCCUGCUUUGAUGAUUCCCGGGCCCAUCGAGUUCGAUGAUGCCGUCCUCCAGUCCAUGGCUCACUACAGUGAGUCUCACGUUGGUCCUGGCUUCGUUGCCACCUUUGGCGACACCCUCGCCAUGCUGAGGAAGCUCUUCCAGACCACCAACCCGGCUUCGCAGCCCUUUGUUAUCAAUGGCUCUGGCACCCUGGGUUGGGACAUGGUAGCUGUCAAUUUGGUUGAGCCUGGUGAAAAUGCUCUCGUCCUGAGCACUGGUUACUUCGGAGACGGAUUCGCCGACUGCCUUACUGCCUAUGGCGCCAAUGUCACCAAGAUUACCGGACCUGUCGGCAGCCGACCUCAGCCUGACGAGAUUGAGAAGGCUCUCAAGGAGAAGAAGUACAAGAUCAUUACUGCCACCCACGUGGAUACCUCGACUGGUGUUUUGUUCGACCUCAAGUCUCUUACCGAUGUUGUGAAGCGUGUCUCGCCUGAUACGCUCAUCAUCGCCGACGGUGUCUGCAGUGUUGCCUGCGAGGAGAUCAAGUUCGAUGAGUGGGGUCUGGAUGGUGUUGUUACUGCCGGUCAGAAGGCUAUCGGCUGCCCUACUGGAUUGUCCAUUUCCAUGUUCAGCGGCCGCGCUAUCGACGUUGUCAAGAACCGCAAGACCGAGCCUGCCACCUACUUUGCUUCCAUGAAGAGAUGGAUUCCCAUUAUGCAAAACUACGAGGCCAAGAAGCCCUCAUACUUCUCCACCCCGUCACCUCAGCUCAUCCACGCCCUGAACACUGCCGUUAGCCAGAUUUUGGCCCGUCCCCUGUCUGAGCGUUUCCAGAGACACAUAGAAGUCUCCAACAAGGUCAAGAAGGCUGUUGCUGAUCUCGGCCUGAAGGUCGUCGCCGGAAAGCCCGAGGACCAGGCUCAUGCCAUGACUGCCAUCUAUCUGCCUGACGCUGUCAGCAUCCCCGACGUCCUGCCCAAGCUGUUGAACAAGGGCAUCAUCUUUGCUGGCGGCUUGCACAAGGAGAUUGGCACCAAGUACAUUCGAUUUGGACACAUGGGACCCUCAGCUAUGGACCCUAACCGAAAGGAUGUCGACAAUGCCAUCGAGGCUCUGCGGGCCUCUCUUGCUGAGUCGGGCUACAAAGCGUGA